AUGCCUUCCCCAAGACAAGACCCUGGAGGACUUUCGGGUCAAGACGUGCGGGGGCGCGCUGGGCGAGGCGAGGCGCGCCCGGCGGGGCUGACGGCGGUUCUCGUCUCCCCGGCAGUGACGGUUGUCAGCGGGCUCAUCGUGGUGCUGCUUUUCUUCUCGGAGCUGCAGUACUACCUCACCAAGGAGGUUCAUCCGGAACUGCGCGUUGACAAAUCAAGGGGAGCUAAACCGAAGAUCAGUCUCGAUGUUAUUCUUCCGCACGUGCCUUGUGCUUAGUUGAGCAUCGAUGCCAGGAACGUAGCAGGAGAGCAGCAGCUGGAUGUAGAGCACAAUCUGUUUGAACAACGUUUGGAUAAAGCUGGCAAUCGUGUGACCCCGGAGGCCGAGAGCCACGUCACCAGGGACUUCACCCGACUGCCGUGCCUUCCCAGAUAUCACGGAGAGCGGCUUGGCAACUCCAUCAGCCAGUUCCCUCAGGACUCUGGGAUGCAUCUCGUCAGGUCCCAUGGACGUAUGUAUGUUCAGGUUCCUCAGGUGGUCACGAACCUGAUCUUCUCUUACAGUGGGAGGGCCUUUGCUGCCCUAGUCUCCGUCUUGCGGUCCACCCCCUGGAGAGGUGUGGGAAGAGAGGCUGCCAGUGAAGACUGAGGCAAAGAAGUUGUGGAGUACCUCAGCCUUCUCCUUGUCCCUUGUAACCAGUUUGCCAGUCUUGCUCAUCAGGGGGGUACGCUUUCUUUGACCUUCCUUUUCGGGCUGACAUACCUGUAGAAGCCCUUCUUGUUAUUCUUUGCGUCCCUUGCCAAGUUCAGUUCCAGCCACGCCUUGGCCU